UUUUACUGACUCAUUAACUCAUAACGUUUAACACAGCCGAACGAAGCAUGAGUUUCACCGGGAAAGUGAUAAUUGUGACUGGCGCCAGUUCUGGCAUUGGCGCUGCCACUGCCAUCAAGUUCGCUGAAGCGGGGGCCAGCAUCGUCAUCGUGGGAAGAAACGAGGACAAACUCAAGAAUGUCUCCGACAAAUGUAACAGUUUCGGUAGCAAACACCACGUCGUUAAAGCUGAUGUGUCCGUCGAGGCUGACGCAAGAAGAAUCGUCGAUGAAACCAUCAAGAAGUUUGGGAAAAUCGACGUGCUCGUCAACAACGCUGGUAUACUUAGACUGACAGCAAUCACAGGAGGCAACAUGUUGGACUCAUUUGACGAGAUCAUAAAUACCAAUCUGCGAGCUGUGAUCCAUCUGACCACUCUUACAGCAGCCCACUUGAUUGCUAGCGUUGGAAACAUCGUCAACAUUUCAAGUGUCGCUGGAACCAAGGUGGGUAAAGGCAUGACUGCUUACGGCACCUCGAAGGCUGCGUUGGACCACUUCUCAAGAGGAGCCGCUUUGGAACUAGCCCAGCAUGGAGUCAGGGUGAACGUGAUCAGUCCAGGCCCGGUGGCCACUGAUAUUAUUGAAAACGCAGGGUUAUCCGUGGAGCAGUUUAAUGUGAACGACUUCAAGAUACCUUUGAGCAGGAUAUCAAAAUCAGAAGAAGUAGCAGAUUUGGUUAUGUUUGUUGCCAGUGAUAAAGCUGUAGGUAUCACCGGCUCUAACUAUGUUCUAGAUAACGGCAUGUUAUUACAAUAAUAUGUAAUAAUAUAUAUUUAAUACUUUACAUGCAGCAUUUAGUACCAAAUAAAUAUUUUUUCUUUC